AUGCUAAAUAUUAUGCUUGGGAUGACCCCUAUUUAUGGAAGUUAUGCAGUGAUCAGAUCCAUACAGGCCUUGCUCAGGAAGUAUGGGGUUGUUCAUAGAAUCUCUACACCCUACCACCCCCAAACUAAUGGGCAAGCCGAGAUUUCAAACAAGGAGAUUAUAAGGAUCUUGAAAAAGAUUGUACAACCCUACAAGAAAGAUUGGAGCAACAGGCUGGAGGAUGCUCUUUGGGCUGGAGAGAAAAGGAAGUUGCAACUAAAUGAGCUUGAUGAGAUCCGCCUGGAAGCCUAUGAUAACUCUAAGUUCUACAAGGAGAAAACCAAGAAGUUCCAUGACAGCUUGAUAUCUAGAAAGGACUUCACAGUUGGGCAGAAAGUUCUAUUGUAUAAUUCAAGGCUCAAUCUCAUGGGUGACAAGAGCUUCAAAGUUAAUGGGCAUCGUUUGAAGCGUUUCCUUAGAAACCCUUCCUUGUUGAAUGCAGCUAUAAAGGAGAUUUCUUUGCUUGACCCCGCUUCUCUCCCACCAUGA